AUGCGAACCUGGGUGUUGAUUGCGGCUUUAGCCGUAGUCUGCCUGGCUGUAGAGCAGGAGCUGAGCCACAAAGACAGAGCUCGCGCGGUUUUAAAAUCAUGGAACCCAAAAAGCGAUUUGAAGUACUUUGAGCCUAUCAGAGAGCGCACCUACUCGAUUUCUGAUGAUUUUAUUGUUGAAACACACCGUUCCAAACGCUCAAUUGCUCAACCACACGUCUUUGCUGGACUAGCUACAAGAGGAUGUAACAAACCAGGCUAUACUGGAGACACUUGCCAAUAUCCGUUGUGCGCUGUUCGCAACCCUUAUAUUCCAAAUAACCAAAACUCGGAUGAUAUCUCCAUCGAUGCUACCAACCUUGCUAACUGCAGUCAAACUUAUGUCAUUGUUGUUGAUGAGACUAUGUGGGACAUCAAGAUUGAGUUGGAAACUGAGUCACCAUUGAACCCAACUUUUUUCCUUCAAGCCGAGAAUGGAGAUCUUAUCUAUCCAGAUUCUGACAGUCAACGUCCAACAUCUUACACUGCUAAGUAUGAGAUGCUUCCACCUGGACAAUACAUGCUCGGACCUAUGGCGGCUACUGGAGAAGAGUAUUGUACUAUGAUGAUGACUGCUCGAACUAAUAUUCAAGUCACCGGAGGAUUCAUUUCUGGAGAUCAAGCCGAGCGCAGUGACUACCCUACUCUCAAGUACACACUUUUCGAUACUGAAUCUGUUGUCGCACUUCACGCUCAAGGACUUGAUUUUCCUGGACAAAUCCAAGGAAUUGGUUUCACCGGUGCAGAAAAUCAUAUCUCCAGAUACAUUCCUAUUGGAACUCGUUACAACUGUACCUAUCCAUACAUUUUGGAAAGAUACACUUGCAGAAGAACUAGCAAUAAUGAUGUUGGACACAAUUUCUUGCAGGUUGAAGGAACUAGUAACGCCGGAUACAGAUUCCGUCGUAUUCUGUCAUACCAGUGUAUCUUGCCACCGGUUUCAACAACUACCGUUCCUGCUCCAACUACAACAGCCGCACCGCUCACGUCUUGUCAGAACGGAGGGCAACUUUUGAAGGAUGCAAGCGGUUCACCAUACUGUUACUGCUUUGGACUUUUCACUGGAAACGACUGCUCUCAAAUGCUCUGUGCUAACGGAGGAUUCUUGCCAACUCCAACAAGUGAACGUUGUCAAUGCCCAGAAGGAUUUACUGGAUACCACUGUCAGAACAUCGUUUGUACCGACACAUCUGGAUUUGACUUCAAUGCUGAAAAUCCAACUCUCACCCUCGUCAUUCGUUCAAGAUCUGAACUUUCUUCUGUCAUCGAGUCUGCUGCUGGAUCUGUUCAGAGCAUCGUUGAUUUGUUAUCUUCGGAGCCUGGUUAUCUCACCAAUUUCAUCGUUGUUCUUUUCGAUAGUGGAAAACUUCUGAUUAACAAAAGAUAUGACUCAUGGGAUGCUGCAAUGGUUGAUCUCCUUAAAGCUAUCAACUCUGCUCCAUCUGAUGGAGGAUGUGAUGAUGUUGUUUUCUCUGCUGUUGCUGCUGCACUUUCUCUCUAUCCAACCAACAAGUCUCCUAUCUAUGUGAUUACUGAUGGUACUCCAAAUGAUAAUGGAGAGAAGGAAACUGUAUUCCAUUUGGAAUCUUAUUGGAGAGCACCAAUCUAUUUCAUCUAUGUGCAACCAACUACUGCUGAAAACUGCAAUUCCUCUCCAGACAACAGUGCAUACAGAGACAUGGUUGAUGUAGCUUCGCGCACUGGUGGUAACACAUUCUAUUUCAGUGACAGAACCACAAUUUCUACUUUCUUCUACCAACACAUGUUCAACACUUUGUUCCGUUCUCAACUUGUUCUGUCUGGAGACUACUCCCACUGCGUCAACCAGAAUGUCUACAAAUCUGUUGCAAUUGAUUUGACUGCUGAUAUGGUUGUUGUCGUUGCUACUGGAACAAAUUUAACUCUUCAAGUAACUAGCCCAACUUCAGACAGACCAACUUUCAACACUGCAUUUACUGAUGGAGUCAACUACAUUUGGACCUAUAACCAACAAGUUGCAGGACAAUGGUUCUUCAACUUGGUCUCAGGUUCUCCUAAUGCUGCUUGCACUUUGAAGAUUUACCAGAAGAAGUUCAAUUUCGGAGGUGUCAGCCAAUACAGUCCAGACUAUGACAUUUUCUGGUCUUUCGCUACCACCCUCACUUCUGCUGCUGGAGUUCUCCGUCAACCGGUUGCUGGAUUCGAUGCAGCCCCAGUUUUCCAUGUUUCCAAUUACCCAGCUUUUGUCUCAAUGGACCGAGUACAUGCCAAUCUUCAAAUCUAUGCUAUCCGUGAUGGAGUACAAACUGAAGUCUACGGAUCAAGUGGAAUGUGGAGAGAUGCUUGUGAAUUCAAUUUCUACUUCCCUCCAUUCACCUGCCGUGUUCCCGAUGAGGUCCUUUACUUCAACUUCUUUGCUCGCGAUAACAACGAUAUGUCUCUUCAACGUGCUGGAACAAUGUACUGCGCUUCUGUUCAUCCAACACCCGCACCAGCUAACCAAUGCCAGAAUGGAGGUGUCAUGAACCCAACUAACACGACUUGCUUCUGUACACCAGAGUUCACUGGAACUUACUGUCAGAACCUCGUCUGUUACAACGGAGGAACAAACAAGGGAGAUCAUUGCGUGUGCCCACCAGGAUACGCUGGAGAAAGCUGCGAGUUGGCUAGAUGUCUUGAAACCGGACCAAAUCCAGAAUUCAUCCGCUAUGGAGUUGAUAUGAUCUUUGCUGUGGAAAUCACUCAACAAUCUCUUGCCUCCUUGGUUAUGCUUGACAGCAACUUCCAAGAAAUUCUCCGUGAUGUUCAAAUGCAAAACCGUGGAUGGAUCAGAAACUUUGUUCUUGUUGGAUUCAACUCUACUUGGGGAGGACCAAUUGCCACGUCACCAGCUAACAAUCUCACUGCCAUCUCUGCCGCUCUUCAUAGUCUCGCAACUACAAUUCCAUCUGACACCGGUUGCAGAGUGCAACUUUGGGAUGCUCUUAACCACGCAGUCUUCGCUAGAGAUGUUGUUCCUGGGUCAUUCAUUGAAAUCUUCCAAACAACACCAGAAAACGUACUUGACCAACGUUCGCUUGGAAUUUUCUACACUAUGUCUCGUUCUAUGGAUCUCAGCAUCUACGGAUUCUUGAGUGCUCGACCACAAUUGCAACCAGUUGGAUUCGUUUGCAAUGCCACUCUUCCAGAUUAUUACGUUCUCUUUGGAAUUGUGACUGGAUCCACCGGAACCACGUACAUUCUUCAAUCCGCUGAAAUCUCGAACGCUGUUAGACUGAUCCCACUGCAAUUCUCUAAUGGACAAGUUACAAUCAAUGAGCUCGACGAUUGUAGACAUGAUAAUGGAAUGACGACGUUCUUCCCCGUUGAUGCUUACACUCAAACUAUUCAACUCACCGUUUUCGGAUAUGGAACUUCGAUCCAAGUCUAUAAUGGAAACGGAGUAUUGGCUGAGGCACUUGAACUUUUCUCCGAUGAUUUCACCGGACAGAGUGUAUAUGAAGUCAGAAAAAAUUGUGACAACGGAUUUGAACCAUUCGGUCAAUACUGUAUCAAGUUCUUGGCCAAAUCUGAAGAUACUAUGUCUAUGCCACAAGCGAGAAACUUCUGUGCUACAGCUGGUGGUUACCUCGCUGAUGAUCUUGGAGACGAUAAGAAUAACUUCUUCAAAACAGGAUCUGCUAACACCCAAUUCUGGAUUGGACUCUUCAAAGGUUCGGAUGGUCAAUUCUACUGGGACCGCGGACAAGGAGUUGCGCCAGAUCUUCUGAACCCAGCUAACACCUACUGGGCUGACAAUGAACCAAGCAAUGAUCCAACUCGCCAAUGUGUAUUCUUCAACGGACAAGCCGGAGAUGUUCGCAAAACUUGGGUCACCGAUUCAUGUGCAACUGUAAGACCAUUCAUCUGCCAAAAACAUAGAUAUGACGCUGAUCAUAGACCAAAUACUAUUGGAGAUGCUGAUCUUCCAGCUGGUAACUGGUAUGUGAAUAUCAUAACUACUCCACCUGCCAACAUGCCGAACUAUUGUACAUUGAGUGUUCGUGUUCAGUCUACUCUUCAAAUCGUUACUGGAUACACAACAAGUGUCAGUGAUGACAAUCCACAAAUAGAUCCAGUUCAAGAUUCUUCUGCAAACAGACUUAUCAGUUACGUGCAUUCCACUGAUAAUGAAAACCGUGUCCCAAUUCUCACUGACGCCAUUCUUUGGGAUGCUGGAAACGGAACAUUCUACAAUGGUCUCAAGUACCAGAAUAGAUUCGGUUGUGAAUACAGUUGGGUCUCUCAAAACUUCCCAUGUCCAAACAGCGAUAAUGCGAACAACGAAUUUGGAGUUCUCCAUGUCGGAGAAGAUGAAUUUGGAAAUACAUUCCAACGUAUUACAUGGGGACACUGCUCACCAGCUGAGAUCACUUGUGGAAACGGAGGAAUCAGACAGGGCGGUCAAUGCAUCUGUACAGACUACUGGGUUGGAGCUCAAUGUACUGUUCCAAUUUGUGUCAAUGGAGGAACAAAGAACGAUGAUGAACGUUCCUGCAGUUGUCCAGAUGGUUACACUGGAUUGAACUGUCAAUACGAAGUGUGCACACCAGCUCUUCCACAACUUUUCAGUGAUGACAGAAAAACGUUGUUGCUGGUUGUGGAAACCACCAGACAAAACAGUGCCACCGUUACUCAACUCAUUGCCAAUCUCAAGAGUAUUGUUACUUCUGCUACAUCGUUCGCCCCACUUUGGUUCGCCAACUACGGACUCGUAACAUUUGAUUCCACUGGAAGAACAUUCGAGAACUUCAACUACACCAACAUUGAUGAUCUCAUCACUGAUCUGACUGCUCAAUCCGCUGCAAUUUCCACUGAUGGAGCUUGCAGCUUGCCAUAUCUUGGUGUUCUGGCUCAUCUUCUGGAACACGAUAAUGUUAUCGCCAUGCCAAAUAGUGAAAUCUUCUUGUUCACAGCGGCAGGACCAAGUGACCUCAACAAAUACGGAGAAACCAUGGACACCCUGUUCAACACUCAAGCUCAUCUCCAUUACGUUGUCUCACAAUCAGCCAAUUGUCCAACCUUCGAUGGUGUCAACAAUGUCCGAGACAUGACUUGGCUCGGAUAUGGAUCAAGUGGAAACAUACUUUUCACGGACUCCAAUAACAUUGUUUCUCUCCUCAACAACUAUCUUCCGUCAUUGUAUGGAGCAUCAGUUCUUCAAGAUCCAACCGGACCCACUAACUAUACUUGCUCCGAUGGCUCACUUCCAUGGUUUGUUCCAGUUGAUGCAAACACUACCUUUAUCUACGUCACUGUAUCAUCGGAGUUUGGAUCACUUUCCGUGAAAGAUCCGCUUGGACUUGCUCACAAUGUUAACCCUGCAUAUAGCGUUAACAAUCAGAAAAUGUACAAGAUUGAGGUUGACAGACUCGGAGGAAUUUGGACAUUACAACUUGUCAACCCACCAGGACUAUGUCUGGCUCACGUCUACUCAACGGGAGGAGCUAAGGUCUAUACAAAGUUCUCACUUCCAAUGCUUGUUGGAAAGAAUACUGAUCCAACUGGUUCUCAUCAAGACGGAAGAAAUCCUGUUCCAAUUGCCGGAUUUGAAAAUGUUGCCACAUUCCAUCUUUCUGGAAAUACAUUCCACGCUGGUCAACUCCAGUAUGUUGAAAUUUUUGAUAUUGGAAACAAUGGAGGUGCUACCAACAUUCUGAGAUCAGAGCUUUACCGCCGAGAGAAGUGCUCAUUCGAAUAUUACUCUGAUUUGUUCACUUGUAACGGAGAUAUGAUUAUUGUGUUUAUUCAUGGAGUCGAUGAGAACAAUCAAAAGUUCAGAAGACAACAAGUUGUUAUCUGCAAUGGAAUGAACCCAAGCACUGGACAGCCAGUUACUGGAACCAUGGCUCCAAUCACCCAGGCCACUCAACAAACCCAAGGACCAAUCACCCAACAGACUCAAGGUCCUAACACUCAACCAACACCACAACCAGGGCAAUCCACAACUCAACCUCCAGUGACUGCUUCGCCAUCUCCAUCUCCAUCGAGUGCUCUCCAAUUCGAUAUUGUCUUUUUGAUUGACGGCUCUCAAUCUGCUCAGUCCAGUUUUGAUUCGUUCACCAAGUUCAUUCAAACGAUGAUGGUUACAUUCGAUGUUGGUCUCAACGGUGCUCGUGUUGGAUUAGUCGUAGUUGCACCUGAUCUCGAUGACCAGGCUCCACCAGCUGCCCAAUUGAACUCUAUCAGCUCACAAUCAUCGUUGAACUCCAACUUGGCUCUUCUCAAAGAUAACUAUGCUGAUUUUGAUCAUCCAGGACAGGUUCUCACAUACAAUCUCCAAGUUGUAACUUCCAAUGACUACAUGUCUGCAACAGCUGGAUACCGUAGUAACAUCAACAACCAUGUUCUUGUUUACAUCACUACUACCACGGCAUUCUACACCGAUCCAACUCCAUCAGCUCAAACCAUCAUUGCCCAGAAGCAAUACGGAAUCAUCACUGUUGGAUACGGAGCUGGAUUUGACAACGGAAAGCUGCAAACGAUUUCUGGAGGCGCCGCUUGUUCAUUCACGGCAACCGAUUUUGCUACACUGAAUAACCAGAUCAAGCCAAUUCAACAGCUCAUAAUUAACGCCAACACCAACGGAGGAAAUUACUGCAAAAGCAACUAA